AUGUUGGACAUUACUAUCACUAAAAAGCAGAAGGAGGAAGGAAAAUUGGAUAAGGGCAAAGAAGUUCGUGUUCGCGUUGGAGGGUUGUCAAAGGCAGCGGUAGGAGAACAAGCCUACAAGGCGGCGUUGGAGCAGCCACCGGAAAAGAAAACGACUUGGCCAUCAGCUUCAAGCCUCUCAACGAUGAUAGAGCGGUCGAUUCGUUCUGAACAAUCCAAAACAGCAACCGCAGUGCCUCCCACCGAGAAACCUCCAGUGAGUUCGACUUCGACUGCUGGAGCUCCGACAACACCAGCAGUACCGGCAUCCACGACUCCAGGAGAAACAGAGCCCAGGAAAUCUGCUGAAGAUACUGCCGCAAGCACUGCUGCACCAGCGCAGCCUCCAGCUCAACCUGUACAGUCUCCUGCACCUCCCACCUUGCUGACACCUGUUCCUGGGGCACACGCUGUAACGACACCGCAACCAUUUAUAUUACAAAGGACAGAUAUGACAAUUACCGGCCAUUCAACCGCCAGACCAACUUCUGCGGCCAGUUCGUCCAAAACAGGUAGUGGUGUAGAUGUUACUGGUGGACCGGUGUCAAUAAGUGCUAUGCGUCCAAAGAAGAAGACAAGCCCAACUGUCGCGAAGGCUCGACCGAUGAGCAGCCCAAAAGGACCGAAAAAAACUAAAGGGCAGCGAAGCUCGGGGAGAGUGAAGAAGUCGCAAUCUAUAUCGUCCAAAAGUCUCAGCGAUCGACGGGCACCAGACACAUCAAAAGAGCUGAACGACAGUACGAAGAUGAAAGUCGAAAAUUGUUUUUAA